AGCAUGACCCGUUUUUUCUGAAUUCUGUGCCAAGUCCUCCUCCUUUACAAAUAAGAUAAGAGUGGCGUUGCACGAACUCUCCCAGCUUGGCGUUAAUGUUUAGCCUGAUAACUCUUCUCUCAGGGGCAGGAGCCACAGCGCUUUUCUUCUCCCACCCGUCUCACACUUACACUUUAUGUGUUUGAUCGAGCGACAAAAUGGAGGAGACGCUCGAGGAGAAAGUUCCCGUCGAAGUGAAAGUCCCUGAUGAUGACCAAGGAGGGAUCGGACGGCGGCUUCGGGAUCGAGAUCUACUGAGGAAGAGGAAAGCUGAAGCGGAAGAGCGAGCAACUAACCAGUGGGUUUAUGGAGCUCAGACCAGUAAGCGAGCGAAGAGAGAAACAAACAACGUUCCAAGGAAGAAAGGCAGACCAAGAAAGAACAUCCCUGUAAAGGAACAACAGCCUGAAACAACAGAAGUUCCACAUGCGGGUGAACUUGAGACACCCAGCCAAGCGGAGGAGAAGGUUACUGCUCCACAUUCUGCCCCGAUUCCUACCCAAGUGUCAGCUCCUGCUCUGGAUCUUCCUCAGAUUCCUGCUGAGGUUUCUGUCCCUAUCCCUCUUCCUCCUCCUGAUGUGAUACCAGAGGUGAAGCCCAGCAGUGAAGCUCUUCCUGAACAGGUUCUGAUUGAAGAGCUCAGCCCUGAUGAGGAAGAGGACAAAGUGGAGCCUCAAGAUAAACUUGUAAUCGAUCAAGGUGGUGUUGAGGAAGUGACAGGUGUUGGCGUUGACGCUGGUGAACAGAAUAAGGUGUUCUCAGACACAGUGUUAGCGUCGCCUCAGCCUGAACCUCUACCAGGAAACCUGAUCUAAUGGAUCCCCAACCAACCCCAGAGAUCAUAGCAUUAUCACAACCACAUUGUAUUUCUCUGGUUAACAACAACAAAUUAUUAUUAUUAUUAUUAUUAUUUUACAUUUCAAGUGUGUAUAUGAGGAAUUCGACCAACAGCAGAUCAAAGGGUUUGCAUCUGAUGUAGAAUUUCAAUCAGGAACAAAUGUAUAUUUAUUAAUGUUGUGAUAUUUUCUUGAGCCUGAAGCCAUUUUUUUCCUUUUCUUUUUUCAAAAUGAAUCAUUUUCAAUAAAAGAGAAACAGUGAAUUUGUA